AAAAAUGGUUUAACUAAAUCUAUAUCGUCUGUCAAUUCUGUCUGGGAUGUCCCCGAGAAAUUAUGAAGUUGAAGGCUACUAAAGUAGACUAGUACUUACUACUAAUACUACAUGUAUUACUGAAGAAGAAUUCUGAAGCAGUGAAAAGAAUGGUUGUUUUCUCAAUCACCCUCGUUAGACAGUAUGUAAACACAAGUGAUUUUUUUGAAGAUUUCCAUGGGGAAACCUUAUACAACAGACAGAAGAUUAUGCAAGGUCAGCAGGACAUUCCUCUGUCAGAUGUAGGAUUACAACAAGCUGCACUAGUUGGAAAAAGACUUCAAAAUGAAUGCUUUACACACAUUUUCUCCAGUGAUUUGUCUAGAGCAAGCCAAACAGCACAGACUAUACUAGAUGUUAACAAAAUUAAAAAGGCUGACAUCUUACAGGAUAAACGUUUGAGAGAAAGGAAAUUUGGAAUGCUAGAGGGGAAAUGUUCAAAAGAUUUCCUAGAGGCAGCAAGGGCAGCAAAUAAAAAGCCUGUUCACACUUAUACUCCACCUGGUGGAGAAACUUUAGAACAGCUAAGAGAACGAGCAAAAUCAUUCUUUACUGAUCUAUGCAAGCAACUUUUUGCCUUUAUCAAUGAAAAAGAAGACAUUGAUUAUACUCCUUGCUCUAUAAAAAGACGACACGGCGGAAGCUUGGGACGGAACAGUAAUCGUAAAUACAGACAUCAACUCUACUGUCAAAGGAGUCAGUCCUUCUGUGGAAUAUCCUCCGCUGAAAACAAGAAUGAAACAUUAAGUACUCAACAAAAUUUGGACUAUGAAAAGAAACCCAAGCAUGAAAAUGAAAGUGGUUCUUCUUCAAAUUCAAGUAUCAGUCUUGUUAGCAGUUCUGAAUCUGAAAAUACAGACAAAGAUUUAACUUUGAUUGAUGAAGAAUUCAAACCAUUUGAAAGUUCCGACUCCAAUAGCUCAGGAUAUACUAGCCAGAGUGAAACUUUGGCAUCUGAUCAGGGAAGUGAGAAGGAUGAAAGUAGAUAUAAUGGCAUUUCAUACAUCUCAAAUGUUAAAGGUCCUCUUUCUUCAGUGCCAUAUGGUUGUUGUCCAAAUGUGACUAUCUCUCCUCUGAUAAAACACAGACUUCCAAGUGUGUCAAGCAUAAGCUCAGGUCGUAAUAGUAGUUUUGAUGAUGUAGAUACAAGUCCACCAAGCCUAGCAGAUGUUUUAAUUGUAAGCCAUGGUGGCUUAAUGAAAGAACUGCUUCUGCAUUUAGUGGAUGAUCUUGACUGUAAACUCCCAGCUGGGAGGAGUGAGGUCAUGAAGAUUUGUCCAAACUGCAGCAUAUCAAAAUUUACUGUUUACCUGCAAGACAAUUGUGAUAAACCUGGUUUAGCAUGUAAUCUUCUCUUCGACAAAGAACAUUUGUAUGAUAUGGAAUGUGUACAGUCUGAUGUGGCAUUAUAAGUGAAGAAGUAAAAUCUGUUAUACCUGAACUAAUGUAAAACAGAAUAAUGUUAUGUUGGUAUCAGACUUAAGUUAGCAACAUUGUGUCAAUAGUUAAAUAGAUAUUUUACAUCAAAAAUGUAUGUAAACAAGAGUCUGAGUGUAAAAAGAAAAUU